GUUCAGCAAAUGUGGAGCAGCCAGUGAGAGAGCAGCUCAACGCUGUGGCGGUUUGCGGUCUACUGUCUCGUAUUUAUGUACAUUUAGCGGGAUCCUCUCUUGUCAGUUUUGUUAUUUAAAGCCCUCUGUUAUAGUCGUGUUUAAUAAGCGGUCCUGAAUGUUGGUAAAUAAAGGACAAUAACAGUUAUCUGUUGACAGCGGACUUCACAUCCAGACAUGGUGCUUUGACAGAAGUCAUGCUUCAUCGCCAGUAUGGAAACUUUGAUGUUUUAUUUAGUACUUUUAACUCCACUUUCUAUCCAUUGUGCGGUGAAACCAGCAUCUGUUGAAGAGGACCUGAGAAAUCAGGAAGAGGUACAAGAGUUUGAUGCACUCCGCUCCAUACUGUCAGACUUUGAUGUGGUGCCUGCAUCAGAUCUCCAGCUUCAUUCGGUCGGGAAGAGGGACGUUGAUGCCCGAUCACUUGUGGAGCGGCUGGUCAGCUUCACAGCACUCCAGAGGCACUUCAAGCUGUACUUGACAACCAACACAGAACUUUUCUCUGAAAACUUCAAGGCUGUAUUCUUAGACAAGAAUGGAAAAGAGCACCAAUAUGACAUUCAUUUACAGAAUUACUAUAAAGGACACUUAGUGGGAGAGGAGCACUCGCGUGUGCAGGCACACAUUGAUGGGGAAGAGUUUUCAGCCCACAUUCUUACUGAAGAGGCUGAAUAUAAUGUAGAGCCCUUGUGGCGGUUUACAGAGUCACACCCUGAUGGCCGUUUGCUGGUGUAUCGUUCAGAGGACAUUAAAAACAUCAGUCGACUGUUCUCAUCCAAAGUGUGUGGAUAUGUGAACGCUGAUGCCCAGGAGCUCCUGCCUGCAAGAGCAGUGGGACAGACAGAACAGGAGGAGGAGCCUCACAAAAUAGAGAGAAGAUCUACACACGACCACAAGAAGAACACCUGUCCUCUGCUUCUAGUGGCAGAUUAUCGCUUCUACAAGCACAUGGGCCGUGGAGAGGAGAGCACAACCCUCAACUACUUGAUUGAGCUGAUCGACAGAGUGGAUGAUAUAUACAGAAACACAUCCUGGGAUGAUGAUUUCAAAGGCUACGGUGUGCAGAUUAAGCAGAUAAUCAUAAACAAGGAGCCAACAAAAGUUGCCCCAGGAGAGAUUCACUACAACAUGGACGGCAGCCCAUUAGGAAGAAAGGACGGUGUGUGGGAUGUGAAGAAACUCUUGGAACAAUUCAGUUACGACAUCUCAGACAAUGCCUCUGCUGUUUGCCUUGCCCAUCUCUUCACCUAUCAGGACUUUGAUGAUGGCACUCUGGGUCUAGCAUACGUGGCCCCUUCCAAACAGGGAUUGGGAGGACUCUGCCCUAAGCCCUACUAUCCAUCAAAAACCGCCAGGAAACCCAGCUACCUAAACACAGGCUUGACGAGCACCAUGAAUUAUGGGAAAACUAUUCUGACUAAGGAAGCAGAUCUUGUAACAACUCAUGAACUCGGGCACAACUUUGGAGCAGAACAUGAUCCAGACAAUAUAGUUGCCUGUGCACCCAGCGAUGAUCAGGGCGGCAAAUAUGUUAUGUACCCUAUUGCGGUCAGCGGAGAUCACGUGAACAACAAGCGCUUCUCCAACUGUAGCAAGUUCUCAGUCAGUAAGACAUUAAAGGUUAAGGCCCAUCAGUGCUUUAAGGUGAGGAGCAGUAAGCUGUGUGGGAACUCCCGUGUGGAGAAGGAUGAAGACUGUGACCCUGGACUCCUUCAUCUCAAUGAUGACCCCUGCUGCACAGCUAAGUGCAAAUUCAGGAAGUGGGCACAAUGCAGUGACAGGAACAGCCCCUGCUGCAAGGACUGUAGGUUUGAAAGUGCAAAUAAGACCUGUCAGGAGACCAUCACUGCCACCUGCAAGGGCACGUCAAAGUGCACAGGCAACAGCAGUGAGUGCCCCAGCCCUGGAAACCUGGUUGAUAAUACAGAGUGUGUGGAUAAGGGCCAAUGUCAGAAGGGCAAGUGCAAGCCUUUCUGUGAGGCUAUGCAUAAUCUUGAGUCCUGUGCCUGCAAUGAGACUGAGAACUCUUGUAAAGUGUGCUGUAGAGGCAGUAGUGGGCUGUGCACUCCCUUCGUCAGUAAUGGGUCAUAUCUUUACCUGCGCAAGGGCAAACCCUGUACCGUGGGCUUCUGUGACGGGGCCGGUAAAUGCAUGAAGCAUGUCCAAGAUGUCAUCGAACGUUUAUGGGACUUCAUAGACAAACUGGACAUCAACACAUUUGGGAAGUUCUUGGCUGACAACAUAGUUGGAUCAGUGGUGGUCUUCUCUCUCGUGUUCUGGAUUCCCCUAAGCAUACUGGUGCACUGUGUGGACAAGAAAAUGGAUCAGCAAUAUGAAGAAAACUCCAAAACCAUGAUGAACCCCAGUAACGCAGAAAUGCUGAGCAGUGUGGGAUCAGCACCCAUCCGCAUUGUGAAGGGCCAUCAUCUGCAUUCAGCAGCAGCACGACCUCAGCCCUUACUGGCCCCCACAGGUCCCGCCGUCUCACCGACACAGGAGACACUCUGCAGCCCAGGCCCUGCCAACCUCUCCACCGCACUCAAAGCAGAUCUGCUGCAAAUGGACACAAUCGAGGAGGACCCCAGCAUAGACUCUCACCUGGACGAGGAGGAAGGCUUCCGUCAAAGCAGUACAGCUGCCAGGUCCUUUGAGGACCUCACCGGACAGUCAACGCCAUACCACGGGGACAAGAGACGGCUGACGAGACAGGCGCGCAUUGACAGUAAGGAGACGGUGUGCUGAGGACACUGGCAUAAGAUCGCUUGAUUGAGACAUGAGCUGUGAAGUUUACGGUGCAAUCAGGCUUCAUUUUAUUGGUGCGUUUAAAAUUCUGUGACGUGUAAACUGUUGACACAUUUCAGUUGGUACUUAGGAAUUUUGUAGCAUUCUUGUAAUGCACAAUUAUAGUUGUUAAAAUAGAGUGUUCCUUUA